AUGCCCACAGGAGCGGACUGGCGCCCCAUUCACGGCGGCAACAACUUCAAGGACGUGCUGAGGGCAGGUGCGCGCUGCCGAGGCGUCUGCGGCAUGCACCACGCGUACGAGGCGCCACCGCGCGGCAACACCGUCAUGCCGGCGGCCUGCCCCCUCUCCCUCACGGCGCACUAA